AUGGAAGGCAUUCGGCAAAUAGAUCCUCAGAAACUUACCCAGUUCAACCUAGACGCAAGCUUGCUAUUGUUCAGAGCCGAGUCUAAAAGCGUGAUUCAGUCGGUCAAUAAAUGGUCCAAUCAUCGUGUCUCAUAUCUUCUCGAUGAUAUUGUGGAUAAGAUGUACCGAUUGAGCAAUGUUUAUGGCUUGCAGCAACUCCUCCAUCUGAUCCCCUCUGGUCCCACGAAGAUGGUCAAGGAAGCAGCCUUCGCAUCUACCUUGCUCAACGUCAUCCGAAAAGUAUCCAGAUAUAAAGAAGCCGCUCGAAUAAUUCACCGCAUUGCCAAGAAAUUCCCUCUUGUCCGAAACAUCGAGGUCCAUCUGGCAUCUCUCCCCCAAGAGGCUUUCGAUCGACCCCAUCUGCUGGCAUACUUGACUAGUCUUCCAGUCGUGCUUUCUCGUUUAGGGAAGAUCAAUGGCAAAAAGUAUGAUAUCUCCCAGUUCUCUCAAUUCAUAACGGGCAGGACGGUCGAGAGUCUGGGUGAAGAGUUCUCCCAGCAAACUACCAGGACACUCCACGAAGCCAAGAUUCACGCAGAGAUCCAGAUAAUCGCUUACUGCGAAAUUCAAUCACCUCCGCUGUUCCCGCGUGUCAUCGCUUCCAGUAAGGAUGCAUGUUUUUUGUGCCAUACAUUCAUCCAAAUUCAUAACAAGAUGCAUACAUCACGCACACAUGGGAGAUUGUACCCUGGCUGGCGGCUACCAACGCUUUCGUCUCUCAAGAUGCUAGAGCACAAAUUCAAUGAAAUUCUCCUAAACCACGCUCGACAGACAAUCAGAGCUCGCGCAAAAGUUCAAAUGAAUAUCCAUCCGCACCCUAAUGAAAGUACUUUACUUCCUAUGUUGGCUUCAGUGUCGACAAUUAGCGCUGUACCAAAUCAGACCAGUAUCAUGGAGAAAACGACAUUGCCCCAGAUUGUGCCUCCAGGCCCCAGUAUCCUGGAAACUGCGGUCUCAACUGCAGGUCUGUCUGUGGGAUUUAAAGAAGCUAGUAGCCGUGUUCUGGCAUCCAGCAAUCCGUUUACCGGCGUUAUCACUCCGACAGCCUCAUCUCCAUUCUUCCUGACUGGCCCUCUGCAUAUCCAACUCGAGAUGGAGGAGGGCUUAGAUCCCGAAUUCGCAACAAAGUCUCUUGCGUACUCCAUUGAAAAACUGACCGUCGAUCAGUCCAACGAGCUACCGAUCGAGACUCUGACGAUGGACGUCGUGAAACUAGAGGGGGAGAUCACAUAUGCACUCCCGCCAGACGGGAGGUUCUGCAUUCAAGCUCACGAUGUCAGAUUGAAGAUCGUGUGUCAGCAAUGCGAAGGCUAA